AUGUCUAAAGGGGAUCCGCUGUAUAAUUUCGAACAGCAGUUUCAAAUAUUCGUGAAGAACAACCCGAACGUGGUGUCCGCGGCGCAAUCGGCCUCGGGGAUUCCUGAAUCAGCAAAGGCCGUGGUAGUACUGUCGCCGCUAUCGUUGAAUCACCAGUUUCCACGACACUGGGUAUCGAAAUCCUACAAAAAGACGAUUGUAGAACGGCCAGAGCGGCUACUGGCAUGUUCAAUGGGAAUCGCGGCGGCGAUCACAAUGUAUCCUGCGCUGUUUACCCUCAAGUCGUCGCACAAGCGCAAGGCAUCACUUCUCUCGGACCAUGUGUUGAAGGUUCAUGGUCGUGAUUGGCCUCAAGAACUUUUAAAGCUAUGCCGGGACUCGCAGGAGUUGCUUGAGCAGCACAAGGUCGAGGUGCCUGCCGACUGGAACGUUGGCGACAUUUAUCUUUCCAGGCAGACGAUCGAGGCGCUUCAGGGUUCGAUAGGUGCCCUGGAGACAGGCGUAGACUCGAUUUUUAGCGGUCCAUCCGUGGAACAAACCAGCAAUCGUGCAUUCGUGGCGGUACGUCCCCCCGGUCAUCACUCACACACGGCCACACCCUCAGGUUUCUGUCUGCUUAACAAUGCACAUAUUGCCAUCGAGUAUGCAGCCGACACAUACGGUAUCACACACGCGGUUGUACUUGAUUUUGACUUGCAUCAUGGCGACGGAACUCAGGACAUUUGUUGGAAGCGCGCUGGGUUCCGUCCCGACGAAGAACCGGAAGAUUCCCCGGGCUACGACGAGUUUGGCAAGAAAUUUGCACCUUUCCCCAAAGUUGGAUAUUUCUCGGUUCACGACAUUAAUUCUUUUCCAACGGAACUAGGUUAUGCUACCAAAGAAAACAUUAAAAACGCCUCAACUUGCGUUAUGAACGCACAUGAUAUCAACAUUUGGAACGUACAUCUUCAGAAAUAUGCAUCAGACGAGGAGUUCACCAAGCUCUAUCAGACUAAGUACAGAACACUCUUCGCCAAGGCAGACGAAUUCUUAAGAAGCGCAAAGCAUGCGAUGAAAGCUGAGGGGAAAGCUUUCAAGGGUUUAGUGGUAAUCAGUGCCGGUUUUGACGCUUCGGAAUAUGAACAACAAUCCAUGCAGCGACAUGGUGUUAACGUACCAACAUUUUUCUAUAACAUGUUCACUAAAGAUGCUCUGAAGCUAGCUCAAAUGCAUACCUACGGUAAAGUUCUGUCUAUAAUGGAAGGUGGAUAUUCUGACGGUGCUAUCGCUUCCGGAGUGUUUUCGCAUCUGAUAGGUUUGCAAAACCAGAACUGGAUCAAUGAAUGGGGGUCAGCUCAGGUGGUUAAAGAAAUUACCCGUGGUUGCAAACCCAAUUGGAAACCAUAUAAGACAAAGCGCGCACGCGACGUGAUUAGAAUAUGGGCUGAAGAGGUGAUUAAAUUGGGACGCGCAAUGAUUCCAGAAUUUCAAGACGUGCUGUUUGAACCGGAAGCGACACUUGGUGUAGUGGAAACAACCUCUGCACGUGUGACGCGGUCUAAGAGGACGCAGCCACAGCCAGUGGCACCUGCUCCCGCCAAUCCAGUCGCUAAGGUACCGGCGUCAAGCCUGCCUCGCAGUGAGACUCCGACGCCGAAAGGACGUAAGCCUGCCAGAAACCACGCUACGUCCGAUGCAGUACCGUUUUUGGAACAGGAGCUACCCAGUGAUGGGGAGGAUGAAGAAGAUGAAGACUACGUAUACGACGAAGAGCUUAAUAAGACCUUCAACCGUACUGUGGAGGACAUUACCAUUGACGACAUAUCGCGCCAUCUAGAAACUUUAGAGAUAGUGCAGUUAGACGAGGACGAAGCGGAUCCUGCCGAUACCGAAUCUGGCCGCCAAUCAACCUCUUCUUCGGACAGAAACGGCUACAAGAUACCCUCAGGAACCACUACGCGGCAUUUGCGUAACAGUCGCACGUCGCGGCUCAUGAAUUUUGACGACAGUGACAUUUCCAUGAUAUCCCACAUCUCCACCGCAAGAGGUCAUACCACAAGAAGUGGCAAGACAAAGUGGUGA